AUGUCCGACAAAGACACCACACUUGAGUCUGGGAGCGACACCAGCUCCGAGAGACGCGACUAUCCAGUAAAAUGGUACCGCUCAACUUUCUUCAACAUGACCAUUUUAGGUCUCUGCAACUUCAGCGCACCUGGUAUCUGGGGAGCUAUGAACUCCCUUGGUGCCGGAGGAGCGCAAUCGCCUCAUCUAGUUAAUGCAGGCAAUGCGCUCACGUUCUGUUUGAUGGUGGUGAGCUGUUACUUCAGCAGUGUGAUUGUGCAUUACGUUGGCAUCAAAGGCGCACUCAUGUUUGGCACAAUUGGAUACGCACCAUUUGCUGCAGCAUUGUACACGAACAACCGGUUCGGGACGGAGUGGUUCAUCUAUCUCGGCGCAUCACUUUGCGGCAUCUCAGCAGGCGUAUUCUGGAUGGCUGAAGCUGCUAUCGCAAUUGCGUAUCCCGAGCCGUGGAACAAAGGCAAAGCAUUAGGUUACUGGCUUACCUACCGUCUCGCGGGACAAAUUCUUGGUGGCGCAAUCAACUUGGGACUCAAUGCGGAUCGCGACCAAGCUGGCAAGGUUACGUACACCGUCUACCUGAUCUUCAUCGCCCUUCAGUGCAUUGGCCCCGUUGUGGGACUUUUCUUGAACAAGCCAGAGAAGGUGCAGCGCAAAGAUGGCAAGAAAGUUGAGCUGGCGAUUCUGGAGAAACCCUGGUUCGAACUCAAAGAGAUUGCACGACUGUUCUUCACAAAGAGGUUCUUGCUCAUUCUGCUUUGGAUCGGACAAGCCGUAUUUGCUGAAGCUGUUUUCUUCACCUACCUCGCAUUGUGGUUUUCCGUCCGCGCGCGCGCCCUCGGAUCCUUCCUCUCAGGCAUCAUCGCCGUGAUAUGCGGAAAUCUGCUCGGCAACUACCUCGAUCGCACUAGCAUUCCUCUCCGCACCCGCACCCGCAGUACGUUCUGGGUCCUUGUAGUCCUCCAGGGUGCCUGGUGGCUUUGGGCCACGAUCCUUGUCACGGAAUUCCAGUCCUCAAAGCCUACCUACGACUGGUCAUCUCCCAGCUUCGGUCGCGCUUUCGCAGUCUUCAUCUUCCUGACUGCCGGCUUUCAGAUGAACUAUCUCUUCCUGUACUUCAUUAUUGGCAAUUUGGCACUUAAUCAGCAGGAAGUCAUUCGCUAUGCUGCGCUGCUGAGAGGGAGUGAGAGCGCGUGGCAGGCGGUCAGCUAUGGCAUCACUAGCAUCACGGUCUUUGCGGAGGUCGGAGCUGUGUAUUGGAACUUUGCGCUUUGGGGUGUGGCGAUCUUUCCGGCGUGGUUGGUUCUGAAGGAGUUUGGAGGCGAGAAGCCGACUGCUAUUGAGCAAACUGCGCAUGGCAUUGUGAAGCCAACAGUCAAAGUUGAUGAAGUGGUUGCGGAGAGGGCAGAUAAGUCUGUGGCUAUCUGA